AUGCACUCGCGUCGACCCGAGACCUUGAAGAUUGACAUCUCCAAGUAUAGGGGAGUCGAAGAGGACCCCCUCUUGAGAUGGUUCGUCGAAUUGGAUGACGCCAUAAGGGCGCGUCGCAUCGACGACGGGGAUAUGCAAGCUGCAUUUGUCCGGACUAAUCUGGCAGGACGUGCCAAGACUUGGGCACUGGGGCUUAAGCUGCACGACCCAUAUGCGUUUGUGUCGUUGGAAGUCUUCAAGUCGCGGCUCAGACAAACGUUUGAACCGCCUAGAGCUGAGUUCAGAGCUCGAACUGAACUCUUGAAGCUCGAACAAGAACAAGCCAUUUUCAUUGUGGUACAGGAAGACUUCAGUCUGAGACAGGCUCGCGCCAGCUCGACAUCAUAUCGUCCACCGAGACGAUAUGACAGCGGAGGUCCAAAGCCGAUGGAAAUCUGUUAUGUAGAGAGCGAGAAGGCUCGCUCUACAGACUACAAGAAGUUGCAGAAAUGCAACAGACGUCAAAAGACAGGACACUACGCUCACGAGUGUAGUGCUCCUCGUCCAGUGUCUCGCAACACUGGGCGUAAUGACCGUCCACCCAUGAGAAAGGGGCAGGAACGCGGGUCCGAUGUUGGUGCAAAGACGCAACAACGGGUAGGACCGUCAAAAAACGGACAGGAUCAGUAG